AUGGCGGCUGCGGCGGCUGCAGCGGCGGCGGCGGCCGUGGACAGCGCGAUGGAGGUGGUGCCGGCGCAGGCGGAGGAGGCCGCGCCCGAGACGACGGGCCUCAGUUGCCUGGUGCAGCUGCCGGGCGAGGUGCUGGAGUACAUCCUGUGCAGCGGCUCGCUCACGGCGCUCGACAUCGGGCGCGUGUCCAGCACCUGCCGGCGGCUGCGCGAGGUGUGCCAGAGCAGCGGGAAGGUGUGGAAGGAGCAGUUCCGGGUGAGGUGGCCUUCCCUUAUGAAACACUACAGCCCCACCGACUACGUCAAUUGGUUGGAGGAGUAUAAAGUUCGGCAGAAAGCUGGGUUAGAAGCCCGGAAGAUUGUAGCCUCGUUCUCAAAGAGGUUCUUUUCCGAGCACGUUCCUUGUAAUGGCUUCAGUGACAUUGAAAACCUUGAGGGACCAGAAAUAUUUUUUGAGGAUGAGCUGGUAUGCAUCCUAAAUAUGGAAGGAAGAAAAGCUUUGACCUGGAAAUACUAUGCAAAAAAAAUUCUCUACUACCUGCGGCAGCAGAAGAUCUUAAACAACCUGAAGGCUUUCCUUCAGCAGCCUGGAGACUACGAGUCCUACCUUGAAGGUGCCGUCUACAUUGACCAGUACUGCAACCCUCUCUCUGACAUCAGCCUCAAAGACAUCCAGGCCCAGAUUGACAGCAUUGUGGAGCUCGUGUGCAAAACCCUGCGCAGCAUCAACAGCCGCCACCCCAGCCUGGCCUUCAAGGCAGGUGAGUGCUCCAUGAUAAUGGAGGUAGAACUCCAGAGCCAGGUGCUGGAUGCCAUGAACUAUGUCCUCUACGACCAGCUGAAGUUCAAGGGGAACCGAAUGGAUUACUAUAAUGCCCUAAACCUGUAUAUGCACCAGGUUUUGAUCCGCAGAACGGGAAUCCCCAUCAGUAUGUCUCUGCUCUAUCUGACCAUCGCCCGGCAGUUGGGAGUCCCGCUGGAGCCCGUCAACUUCCCAAGCCACUUCUUACUGAGGUGGUGCCAAGGCGCAGAAGGGGCGACUCUGGACAUCUUUGACUACAUCUACAUAGACGCUUUUGGGAAAGGCAAGCAGCUGACGGUGAAGGAGUGUGAGUACCUGAUCGGCCAGCACGUGACGGCGGCGCUGUACGGCGUGGUCAACGUGAAGAAGGUGCUGCAGCGCAUGGUGGGCAACCUGCUGAGCCUGGGCAAGAGGGAAGGCAUCGACCAGUCGUACCAGCUCCUCAGAGACUCCUUGGACCUGUACCUGGCAAUGUACCCAGACCAGGUUCAGCUCCUGCUCCUCCAGGCCCGGCUCUACUUCCACUUGGGUAUCUGGCCAGAGAAGGUGCUUGACAUCCUCCAGCACAUCCAGACCCUUGACCCCGGGCAGCACGGGGCGGUGGGCUACCUGGUGCAGCACACGCUCGAGCACAUCGAGCGCAAAAAGGAGGAGGUAGGCGUGGAGGUUAAGCUGCGCUCUGAGGAGAAGCACAGGGAUGUCUGCUACUCCAUCGGGCUCAUUAUGAAGCACAAGAGGUAUGGCUACAACUGUGUGAUCUAUGGCUGGGACCCGACCUGCAUGAUGGGCCACGAGUGGAUCCGGAACAUGAAUGUGCACAGCCUGCCUCACGGCCACCAUCAGCCCUUCUACAACGUGCUGGUGGAGGAUGGCUCCUGUCGAUACGCAGCCCAGGAAAACUUGGAAUACAACGUGGAGCCUCAAGAAAUCUCACACCCAGACGUGGGACGCUACUUCUCCGAGUUCACCGGCACGCACUACAUCCCAAAUGCAGAGCUGGAGCUUCGGUAUCCAGAGGACCUGGAGUUUGUGUAUGAGACGGUGCAGAAUAUUUACAGUGCAAAGAAAGAGAGCGGAGCCGAGUAGUCUCGUAGGGGACGUGGCCCUUUGCUGCUGCGGCUACCUUCAAGAGCCGGGAUCCUGGACUCAGCACAGGACAGCCACUCCAGCAGCGCCAGCCGCCUCCCCAGUUGGAAGACUGGUGUGUGCUCUCCUCCAGGCGCAAAGACAAUGUUGCUCUCCGCUACACUAGUGAAUUCACUUGAAAGGCACUGUGUUCAGUGGCAUGGCUUGUCUGCUUGUCCCGUGGUGACAGUUUGUGACAUCCUGUCUUCAUGAGGUCUCACAGUCAGCACUCAUUCUUACCACUUUCCAUCCUCAUCUCUGUCUGCAUUGAUCACAGAACAUCGCCUUCGCCGGACAGAUGGUUCCACAUUCGCAAUAAUUUCUUUCUGGUUUCUCUCUGGAACAAAGGCGUGCCUACGUCAGGGUGGCUUGUCACUCUGCCCUGAGGUCGUUCGUAUGUUCAGAGGUGACAGCACCGUGUGGAGGAGACGUGCAGGCUAACGGAAAUCAGAAUCGCUAGAAUUUAUUUUUUUGCUUCUACAUGAAACAGAUGUCAAGUUUUAUUUUUUUUUUAAUUUAAAAUUGAGGGCUUAACAGUUUUCCCUUACUCCUCUCAUAUUUACACACAUUCUACCAAUCAUUACAUAAGAUUCUUUGAGCAAAUGCAUAGCGAUAGUUGUUUUGAGUGAAUUUUUCCACAUUUAUAAAGUAUUCCUGUAAAAUGACUACUUUUUUGUUGUUAUUUUGAAUGUUAGAAAUCCUGAGAUCAUUCAGUCUUGGGUUUCCUUUUGUAGUGAGGCCAACAGACCCAAUGUUACAAUGUUUGCCCUUAAAAAUCAUGCCCACUGUUCUCCAAAGACCACAAGAAUGGGGUUUUGCUUUCUAAUCAAGAAAAUGAACCUUAAUUGGAAAAAAGAGAUUUCAUGCCCCUUGUCACAUGUUAGAAUCAUUUCCAGACUUCUAAACCCAUAGUUUUGAGAGUGUUGGGCUCAUGGGAAAGGAUGUGUGUGCCUAGGGCUUCAAGCCACUGGCGAAAGGCUCGAGUGGGGUUUGUCCUGGGCUCUUGUGUUGGUUCCACAACUGGCUCCUGUAAUGCUCUCACAAGAUAACUGAGUGUGAAGGGACUGAGCCUUUAGCAGUUUUGGGACUCCUGGCAUGUGUCACCUGGUUCUCAGGCAAACUCCUGUAAUUUACCCAACAGGGCCAGCUUCCACAGUUGGGCCUAGUCACUUCCGCUCUGCGUUUAAAGUACAAUUAGCUUCUCUAGCGAAUGAGGCUUUCUGGAGUUGCCAGCCAGCUAGCCUCAUGUGCCUGCCGUUUGCAUGCAUGCGGUAUUUUCACGCCGUGUUGAAUGACUGCUCCUUGUUUAUCCUUCACAAGCCUCGGGAUGACCAGGGAAUGUCGCCGAGGCUACUUAGUAACAAAGGAAGGCCAUUAAGGCAGUUCCUAGAAAGAAACAGGGGUGGCCAGCUCCCGUCCUGUGUCCGUUCCUCCCAGUGAGACGUAGAGCUGGGUUUGAACGUGCAUUUGGAAACGUGACCACUGAGCACCUCUGUUCAUGAGGUGGCGGGAUUUCACACUACCCUUAACUCACAGGUAAAACGAGCAGGCGCAGGAUUCACACUCACUGAGGGUGACUGCUGGCUCUCUGCUUCAAGGUCCUCCUUUCUCAGUAACACCGAUGCCAAGAAAGAUGGUUUCCCCUUCCUGACCCGACUGUAAAUAUGUAUUUAGACAGUUUUUAAUGUGUUUCUUCAUGAAUGAUUCAUUUGGCUCCAGGAAGCCUGUGUCACCUGUGUAAGUUGGUAUUUGGGCACUUUAUAUUUUUCUAAAAACGUGUUUUGGAUCCUGUACUCUAAUAAAUCAUAAGUUUCUUUUUAAAAA